CUUAAUCUAUGUAAUUGUUAAAAGCUGUCGGGCUUACUAAACUAUUAGAUUCCGUUUUUUAUAGACAAUUCGAGAGAUUUUCAAUUCUUGCCAGAUUCAACGUAACCGCAGACUGUUAUCAAUAUUGAACCGUGGUUAACUCAUCUUUAUAAGACCGCGGCUUGUGUAUUCUGUCUAAAUUAAAUUUGUUUAUGUCUUAAUCGUAAAUGUUUUUUGUAUUAUUUUUUGUGUGAAAUAUACAUACACACAUGUAUAACAAAAUGUUGAAAAUAUGCGUAUUACCAAUUAAUUAAUGAGCUUAUAAACUUUUUAACCAAAAUGGAAAUUAGGAAAAUAUACAAAUAUACACAAAUAGACAUAUACAAAAGGAUGCACUCAACAUAUUUAUUUACUUAAGAACUGUUUUGUUGCGAACUGCAUGACAUGUUUAAAUGCCCUUUGUGUAUAUUUAUAAAUAGGGUCGAUUAACAAUGAAUGGUAACAAAAAUGUAAUAUUUUUGAAUACCUGUUACUAGAAUAGCUCGUAGCAUUUCUUUAUUAUUACGCAGUUUUUUUUUAAACAGCUGCGGCAUUUAAAACAAAUUGCUUUGUGCCUAGGCCAUAUAAAAGCGAACUUAACGAGUGCUCAAAUUAGUUCAACAGGAGUUUGCGAAUCCCACUGAAAUGAAGUUCUUCUUGUUAUUGGCGUGUCUGGCACUUUAUGUGGUCCACAUCCAGGCCCAGCGCUUCUGCGUUGGCCGUCCAGUAACCCAGGUCUGCACUGGCCCCAGAGAUAUUGGCCACAAUCGUAAUAGCGCCUGUCGCAAUUUCGCCAUGAGAGAAAUGUGGUACUACGAUGGGCGUAGGCGUGCCUGUUUCAAGCAGAACUAUCUUGGCUGCGGUGGCAACGGGAAUCGCUACUGUUCAAAUGCCGAUUGCAGAGCCAAGUGCAGGCGUUAAAAUAAACAGUUGAAAACUACACGAAUACCUCAAUAAAAUGCUUGCCUACAUCUACAUAUACAUAUACA